CCCGCGCUGGUUGCCGGCGUGACUUUGAAAGCGUCCAGUUGUGGGGCUGCUUGCUGAGCAGACCCAGAGCCACCGGGCCUUUACGCCGCUUCUGCGCUUGCCUCAAUGAGGUUGCUGGGAGCAGCUGUCGCCGCGGCCCUGGGGCGUGGGCCGCUUCCGCGGGUCCCCGCCACUCUGGGAUGGCAGGGGAAGCAGGUUAAUUGGAAAGUCUGCCGAUGGUGUUCAUCAGGGGUGAUUCCUAAUGAAAAGAUACGAAAUAUUGGAAUCUCAGCUCACAUUGAUUCUGGGAAAACGACAUUAACAGAACGAGUGCUUUACUACACUGGCAGAAUUGCAAAGAUGCAUGAGGUGAAAGGUAAAGAUGGAGUCGGUGCUGUCAUGGAUUCCAUGGAACUAGAGAGACAGAGAGGGAUCACUAUUCAGUCUGCAGCCACCUACACCAUGUGGAAGGACGUCAAUAUCAACAUCAUAGAUACUCCUGGACACGUGGACUUCACAAUAGAAGUCGAAAGGGCCCUGCGAGUGUUGGAUGGUGCGGUCCUUGUUCUGUGUGCUGUUGGCGGGGUGCAGUGCCAGACCAUGACUGUUAAUCGGCAGAUGAAGCGCUACAACGUUCCAUUUCUAACUUUCAUUAACAAAUUGGACCGAAUGGGCUCCAACCCAGCCAGGGCCCUGCAGCAAAUGAGGUCUAAACUGAGCCAUAAUGCAGCAUUUGUGCAGAUACCCAUUGGUUUGGAGGGUGAUUUUAAAGGUAUAAUAGAUCUUAUUGAGGAACGAGCCAUUUACUUUGAUGGAGACUUCGGUCAGGUUGUUCGAUAUGAGGAAAUUCCAGCAGGAUUCAGGGUGGCGGCAGCUGACCACCGGCAGGAGCUGAUUGAAUGUGUUGCCAAUUCAGAUGAGCAGCUUGGUGAGAUGUUCCUGGAAGAAAAAAUCCCCUCAAUUACUGAUUUAAAGCGUGCAAUCCGAAGAGCUACUCUAAAUAGGUCAUUUACUCCUGUCUUUUUGGGAAGUGCGUUGAGGAACAAGGGCAUCCAGCCUCUUCUGGAUGGUGUUUUAGAAUACCUCCCAAGUCCGUCUGAAGUCCACAAUUAUGCUCUUCUCAAUCAGGAGGGUGACUCAAAAGAGAAAAACAAAAUCCUAAUGAACCCAGAAAGAAACAGUUCCCACCCAUUUGUAGGCCUGGCUUUUAAACUGGAGGCUGGGCGAUUUGGACAGUUAACAUAUGUCCGCAAUUAUCAAGGAGAGCUGAAGAAGGGCGACACCAUCUACAACACGCGGACGGGAAAGAAGGUGCGGGUGCAGCGGCUGGUCCGCAUGCACGCCGACAUGAUGGAGGAUGUUGAGGAAGUGUAUGCCGGAGACAUCUGUGCAUUAUUUGGCAUUGACUGUGCUAGUGGAGACACGUUCACAGACAAAAAUAAUAGUGGCCUUUCUAUGGAGUCAAUUCAUGUUCCUGAUCCUGUCAUUUCAAUAGCAAUGAAGCCUUCUAACAAGAAUGAUCUGGAAAAAUUUUCAAAAGGUAUUGGCAGGUUUACAAGAGAAGACCCUACAUUUAAAGUCCACUUCGACACUGAGAGCAAAGAGACAAUUGUAUCUGGAAUGGGCGAAUUACACCUGGAAAUCUAUGCUCAGAGGAUGGAAAGAGAGUAUGGCUGUCCUUGUGUCACAGGAAAGCCAAAGGUUGCUUUCAGGGAGACCAUUACUGCCCCCGUCCCGUUUGAAUUUACACAUAAAAAGCAAUCUGGUGGUGCAGGCCAGUUUGGAAAAGUGAUUGGUGUACUGGAGCCUCUGGACCCAGAGAACUACACGAAGUUGGAAUUUUCAGAUGAAACAUUUGGGGCAAACAUUCCAAAGCAGUUUGUGCCUGCAGUAGAAAAGGGGUUUUUGGACGCCUGUGAGAAAGGCCCCCUUUCUGGUCACAAGCUCUCUGGCCUCCGGUUUGUCCUGCAAGAUGGGGCGCAUCACAUGGUUGAUUCCAAUGAAAUCUCUUUCAUCCGCGCAGGAGAAGGUGCUCUCAAACAAGCUUUAUUGCAGUGUAAUUGACAAAAUUCUAAGAUAUUUUAAGUGUACACACGAUGAUUUGAUAUAUGUAUAUAUUGUGAUACAUUCUACAACGACAGUUAAAUGAAAAAUCACCGAUUUUUCUAUGCUGGUUCUUGGCUGGAAAUUGGUAGCUUUCCUGGAGAUAGAAUUUACACAAAACCAGGUAAUCGGUAUGGUUGUCAGUUAACAACUAGCCUCAUCAUCUUUUUUAAUUGCUCCUGUAUGAAAUAUAACUAAAUGUAGAUAUAUAUGCCCAUAAUAUACACAUAUAUAUCCAUUAAAAUGGCUUGUAGAUGAAUGUUAACUAAACAGUUGAAUAUGUGCCUUUUGCUUUUUUAUUCAUUACAUGUGUGAGUUAUUUAAGGGUGAUUAACUGCCUGGUGGGUGUGCACUAGGUGGUAAUUGGCAAUUUUGUUUGUUUUUUGCCAGAUAAACAUGUGUAUAUAAGCAGGAUACUGGCAUGAGAAUGAGUUACUGUGCUGUUUCUUCAUCUGUUCUUUAAUCACCCGUGACUGAAAGAGAAAAGUGUAUGAGGGUGAAAGGAAGUUCUUCUUAGUUCAGUAAGAAAAUCAGCUUUUCAUGCAUAUCCCUCUCUUGAAUGCCAUCUGAGGGUUCGGGGGUGAGACGCUGAUUAAUGAGCCGGUACCAGAGGGGCCGAGGCUUACGGAGCUGUUCUCCAUUAUCAAAAUUGGAAGAAAAAUAGUUCAAAUUCUCACGUUUUCAUUAUGAAAAUGAAAACUAGAAGUGUGUUGAGUUGCAGUUUAAAUUUUGUCCCUGAGAUUAAUCAGUGAUGUAACUAAAACUGAAAUAUGAAAUUGGAUGUUCUGCUUGGUCACAGGUGUAACCAUUUCCAUCAUUUUCUGUGGCCAGGUCUUAGAGAAAGCACUAAGCUUGGUCUCCUCCGAAACAUCAUAUUUUUAGCCAAGAGAACUAAAAGCCUAGAAAUAAGGGUUAGCUCAUUUAACCUGACAGUCCUCUUCUUUGAUUUCCAUUACGUGAUGGGCUUUGAAUUUAAAUCGAGGCUCUGCUCCAUAUUUUUACUGUGUGGAGUUGUGCAAGUCAUUGGAAUUUCCCCCAGGCUGCUUGGAGAUAAUAAUUCCACCGUAUUAAAUGAAAGAAUGUAGAAUGAAAUAUAAGAAUGUAUUUGAAAACACUUGACCACGCAGACUUGGACAGUGAAUGCUAAUCACUCUUCCCUUCGUAUUACCUGUGACCUCGCACCGUGCCAUGCCACCUGUUCCCCAGCUUCUUUCUCAGAGUGGCCGUAAUAACACUUAUUGAUCACUUCUCUGCUGUGUCUUAUGCCGAGACAUGAUUUGAUAUGAAUUAUCGUAUCUUAAUGUUCACAGUGACCUUACACUUGAGGAAACCUGGGGCUCAGACAGUUCAUUGAAUGGCUCAAGGAUGCUUGAUGGCGGCGGGGCUGAGAGUUAACCCCAGACAAGAGCCCCAGCCCCGACCGCCACCUCCUGCGGCUUCUUCAGCCCCUGGCCUGGUGUUAUCAGUGGUAUUCCUUGUGGGCGGAAAGAAAAAUAGUAUCUCCUCUGCCCAACAGUGCAGUCUUAAAAGUUCCUAUGAUGAUACUGGUAUUUUUAUUUGCUAUCUUAAAAAAACCACAUGGAUCUGGUUGAGGAAAAAUGGCUUUUAAAGGUGUUGGCUGCCAUGUAAAUGUGAAUGUGAAUGUGGCAGGGCGAAUUAGCUCCAGAGGCUUGUCACGGGGUUUGAAGCAAGCAUGAGUGAGGACAAGAUUCUUUAGAAAUGAGUGAGCAGGUGAAUUGAGGAAGAAAGAAGGAGUAAACAGGAGAGGAGCAGAAUGUGAGAAUAUGAAACUGAGAUCUGGAUGGGACCCCCUCAAUCAUUACGUGAUGGGCACUGUGUACUCAGCCCUUAGUUCCCUUGACCCUUUUACAGUCUAGCUCUUGUAUGUUACUGACCUAUUGGAAAUACCGGACAGUGUGUACUAAAUCUUAAUAUUGUCUGCACACACCUUCCUGGCUGCCUUUUUCUGCAUUAAUUGCAUUUAUUUAGAGCCAAGGAAGCUCUGCUGUUGUGAUAACCCAAGACGUCAUGAGAAAUAGAGCAGUUUCUGCCAGGGAGAGUUGUCUGUAUGGGGUUCUUCAGGGCUUCGGUGAUGGCCCUUAGGCACAUGCAGCAUUCAGUUAUUUCUCUUUUUUAGAACAAAAUUCACGAAUUAGGACCAAUUAUUCAAAGGUAGGUCUGAGCUUUGAUUUGAACUAGAGAAUAUUUCAAAGAGAUCCAAGUAUAUUAAAUUGCCUUCCUUAUAGUUAUUGCUCUUAAGCUAAUAGUGUCUUCAGGAGAAGGGCUUGACUGAGUAUACAAGAAUGAUUGCUAAUUAGUUAAUUAUAAACAAAUUAAU